UUUCAAAGCAAUUCAAAGCAGACUCAUGCAGAUAACAGCAGACCCUCAAUCCAAAAACAGUACAAGCUACAAUAUGAGCAUACCCACUUAGAAACAUACGAUGAACCGAUAUAAACUAGUACUACUGGGCGACGCGCAGGUGGGAAAGACGUCAUUGAUGAGCCGCCUCCUAUAUGGAAUGUACCAGGAGAGGUAUGAGCCCACAGAUGGCGUACAGCUGACCUCGUUCGCCAUUCAAACCGACCACGGAAAUAUCCGCUUCAAAGUGUGGGACACCGCUGGCCAGGCGGAGUUGUGUGGUCUGCGCGAUGGCUACUACAUCGGGGCACAGUGCGCCAUCAUUAUGGUCGACGUGACCUCGCCCGGUUCCUAUCAGAGCUGGCACCGCGAUCUGGUGCGCGUCUGCAAUAAGAUCCCGGUGGUAAUCUGCGGCAACAAGAAUGAGCCAAUGGCGGAGCGCACGGAGAGGAACCUACAAGCAUCAUUUGGGCGGAUGAACCUGGCCUACUACGGCAUUUCGGUCAAGUGUAAAACUAACCUGGAGAAGCCAUUCCUGUAUUUGGCACGUCGGCUAACUGGCGAUCCCAAGCUGGAGCUUCUUAAGCCCCCAAAACCACCCAGUUUAAUAACAUUGUCAAAGGAGACACCUUCUGAGGAAGAACACGAGGGAUAACUCCCUUAAUUAUUUGUGUUUCAAAAUUCAUAAUCUGUUCGCGGAUACGGUUCUGUUGACGUCUUUCUCCGGCACAUGCAGCGGUACUCGUCGCAGACCCGGUCGUCCUUGCCAUCGCACACAUAUGGUGUGUGUUCGGCCACCAGCAACGUGGAGGAGACUCCAAGGAGCAGAAACGACAGCCAGUGCAUCUUUGUUAAGGAUCUCUCUCUAAAGGCAAGCAACAGUCUUUGGGAGUUUAACUCAGUUCAAUAUUUUAGUUCGACUGCAGCGUAUCUAAAAUUUUAGGCACGCCUAAUGGCUAUUCCAUAUCGUGUAAAAUGUGAAUUUAUACGAGCUUUUAAACUUUACCCUUUCGAAAUUUAUAUUGAAAUAAAAGUACUUAAGCUGAAGUCUUAGAUGAAGUGAUGGGCGGGGAAAAUGAGUUUAUUUAAAUGGUUCUGGUUCUUCAAUCACUCUUUCGGAGUAACCAGUGUCAAGUUCAUUGCCACAAGAGUUCGCUCUGCCCCAAAACUCUGUCCAAAAUCGGCGCCACACACAUCUGGUUCAAAUUAAGAGAUUCCAUCCGAAAGUUUCAAAAGCAGCUGACAAGAGAGUCAAUUGAACUUUGCCUAUAUUAUAUGUGCUUGGAAUGAACUUUGCCAUUGUCUAGACAAAUUAAGAGCAGCGGCGACCGAAUAAAAUUUAUGUAUGUCGCCCGCAGGCGUUGCGGUGAAUAGUGUUUAAUUGUUGGCUUUGGGGCCACGCGGCGUAUACGCAAUGUUGUCCAGUGCCACUUGUUCGGUUUUUUUUGUUGUACAUACGAGUAUGUGAUAAGCGUCGUCAGUUUGUCUGGCAAUGAGAUGGCAGCUGGUAGCUGGUGUUGCGCUAUUCUGGGUGUGAUGUCAUAAGUCAACAGAAGAGGAAUCUAUGCUAUAUGGCGAUCGGUUCGGAGAUCGUUAAUUAAAAUUUCCAGCGAGUACUUCAUUAGCAUCGUCGUCAGCUGCCACGCGUUGCUCAGCUGCCGCGCUCCAAUGCUUAAUUAAUAAAUCAACGCGACACUUGCACUCCAUCUUGGCGAUGGCCGUAUCUGCUGCCCCGAUGAUGAUGGUGAUGCUGCUGUUGAUGAUGAUGAUGAUCAUGGUGAUGGUGAGGAUGAGAUGCUCGCCGAGAUUGUUGCCAUGCCGGGCCAGACAAAUUGACGCGACAUUCCACGCCUGUGGGAGGGGAGUUGCUGCUGGUGGUCAGUGGCUAAUAGAAAUGUUAAAUAUAGCUGCCGCCGAUGAUGAUGACAUCUGUGCCAUCAAACCGGAAACGGAAACGAUUCUAAUCGCCAGCCACGGAUCUGCUAGUGGGCCCUUCGUGUCCACCAGUGGGCAGCUCAGCUCUUAAUUGGAGGCAGGCACUUCCUGGUCUUUAAUCACAGAAGCAAGCUCUUGUAAUCUUAUACAUAUUUUACAAAUUUUGAAAUGCCUUACAAUUUCCCGUUUAAUAAAAAGUUAAAGUCUAGCACACUUUUUAGAGGUAUAUAGCUAAAGGAGCUACUUCACAAAUAUAAGUAGAAAGUAUUCUACAGCAAAACAUA